AUGGGCGUCCAGAAUCUAUGGGUAUUACUCGCGCCCGUGGGGCGGCAGAUCGAGAUCGAGUCUCUAGCAGGCCAGGUUCUGGCAGUCGAUGCCAGUAUCUGGCUCACUCAAUUCGUUAAGGCCAUGCGUGACGACGAAGGCAACAUGAUCCGCAAUGCGCAUCUCAUGGGUACACUUCAUCGUGUGGCCAAGCUACUCUACUAUGGGGUACGUCCAGUGUUCGUGUUCGAUGGCCAAACCCCGGAGAUCAAGAAGAGAACGACCGCCAGGCGCAGGAAACGCCAGGAGCAGCAGAGCGCCAAUCUACGCCACACCGCUCAACGCAUUCUACUUAAUCGACUUAAACAGGUUAAACAGGAGAUGAAGAAGAACGGAGGAGCGCCAGCACCUGCAGUUGCGCCGGGGUUUACUCUUCCAGAUGCUUUGAAGAAAAGUGAGGAAAAUGGAGUGCAGAUGGUCUGGGAGGCCGCAGCAGAACAGGAAGAAGAGGAGGAGGACCUGACCUUAGAUGAUGUUGAUCUGGACACGUCCAGGUUGUCGAAGAUCGAUCUCCACGCGGUGUUUUCGCUGCCUCCUCACUUGCAGAAAGACAUGAUCCAGAAGAUCCUACGUGAUCGACGCCAGGAAGUGAGAGAUCAGUUCAUCCCGCUCGCUGGCAACCCGGAGAAAUACUCGCACACGCAGAUCUCAGCUUUUCUACACACUAGUGCGUUGAAUCGACGGAUUGAGGCCGCCAAAAGACAGAAACGAGAGAAAGAAAUGGAACAUCAGGGCGGAGUGGGUCAAGGGAAUCGGAUUGACUCGAAUAGCAAUCGGUUCUAUAUUUACGAGAAAGAUGCGAAGCGGAAAGAGGACAAGGACGAAGAGAGCGACGGCGUGUGGAGAAGCGAUCUCUGUCUGAGUUUAACGCGGCAAAAGCAGGUUUUAUUCCUGACGCCAAUGCAAAAGAGGUUACAGCGGCGUGGGUCGCACGGCAUCAGGUUCGUGUGA